GUCAAAAUCACUGUCACCAGCGCCAUCUGUCUUAUUUAAAUAAAUUAAAAAUGUAAACAGAGAACCACAAAACCACAGCAAAUGUAUCUUUUUAAAAAUUAGAUUAUAUUCUCAUUAUUAUAAAUUAACCAAUAAUGCCUAGGAAAACCUUAGAAAAAAUAUGCUGUGUGUGCUUAGGAACAAAUUUUAAACUGAACAAGUUAUCGGCAAAGGACGCAAAUGAAAUAGAUUUUCAUACAAAGCUGAAAAUUUGCAUUUCGGAUAUUCACUGGUCAACUUCUUAUCAAAUAUGCAAGGAAUGCAUAAAGCUCUUAGACAUUUCAUAUACAUUUAGGGAGACUUGUCUCAAGUCUGAAAUUAUUCGGCAAAGCGAAAAACCAGAACCAGAAGACGACCCUUUUGAUAAUAAAAACUUUAAGGCCUUCUAUGUCAAUGGUGUCUCAGAGGACGCGGUUGUUAAACAAGAUCCAGAAAUUUCGUCACAAGAAAUUUCUGAUGAAAAAUUAAAAGAUGAACCGCCUAAUGAACAUGAUACAGAAGAAGCAAAUCAUGAAGAUAUCGAAACUUAUUCCAGUGACCCAGAAUGUAAAUCUGAAGAACAUCAAACUAACCCAAGAAAAAAAAGAAAAAAAAUUACAUUUGUUUGUGAAAAAUGUGCACAAACUUUCAAUUCUAGCACCAAAUUGGUAAAUCAUUGUAUAAAGUAUCAUGACAUGAAGAAAAUCGAUGUUAGACCAUUUAUAUGUGACAGAUGCCCAAGUAGAUUUUGCAACUCCUCAAAUCUCUUGCAACACAUAAAGUAUCACGACGCUGUAAGAUCGAAUGUAUGCACCUAUUGCGGUAAAGGAUUCAUCACAAAAACCGACCUAAACAUUCACGAAAAACAACAUUUAAACAAACGAGAAUAUCGUUGUGAAGACUGCGGAAAAUGUUUCAACACGCAUAAGGAUGUCAGAUCUCACAAACUCGUUGUGCACACUGACGCAAAUAGUUGGAAGUAUUGUUGCGAAAUAUGCCAGAAACCUUUUCCAAUUAAAUCUAAUUACGAUAGUCACAUGAGAAGGCAUACAGGAGAUAAAAAGUUCGAGUGUCAUUUGUGUCAACGGAAGUUUACCGAUAAAUGUGUAUUGCAGAGGCACAUGAGGACUCAUUCGAAUGUGAGAGAGUUUAGGUGCAGUUAUUGUGAUCGAGAAUAUAAGGAUCCUAGAGUUUUAAGGGUCCACAUGGCAAAAAUCCAUGGCGUCGGAGUAGGUGAAGUAAAAAUUCCUUCCAGAGAAAAGAAAUAUAUCUGUCACAUUUGUCCUAAGUCCUAUUAUGCUAAAAAUAAGCUCACAAGACAUUUGUAUACUCACUCUGGUGAAAAACCGUACGAUUGUCAUAUAUGCGGUAAAAAGUUUAAUGAUAAAUCAUAUGUUAAACAGCACUUGAAGAAAACUCAUAAUAUGACUGAUACAGAUUCCCAUGUACCUAAUGUAGAUAAUGAAUUGAAGCUGGUAUUUACGGAAUUUGGCAAAAAUUAAUUAUUUUGAAAGCAUAUGGUGAUAUUUUAUUUAAUGCAAUAGUUUAUUAGGAUAUUCCUAUUUCUAUUCAUGUGUAUGUCUUUUUAAUAUUUUUCUAUCCUACCUAUGUGGGUUUAUAUGUUGUAUUGUUUAUAGUGUAUUUGUAAAUUUGUAUAUACAAUUUUUAAUUAUAUAUUAUUAUGAAUAUGUAGUGUAAUGAUUUUAUUAAAUAUAAUUAAUAGAUUUUUAUAUGCA